AUGACGAAAAAACGUCGUCAUGACUCGUCUGGGGAUGAAUUCGACGCCGAACCGAUUCCAUCCGAUCCCGAGGAGCGUCGCAGUGAAACAUUGGUGAAACAUCAUUCAUCAAAGCGCGAAGAAUCGAGAAAUGUCGAAUCUUCCAAAAAAUCGGACCUUUCCAAAAAGUCGUCAACUAAGAAAGCAAAAGAACGUAGCUAUUCGGACAGCAGCUCAUCAAGCUCUUCUGAAUCUGACUCAAGCAGUUCUGACUCUGGAGCAAAGAAAUCUCGGCGUUCGCGUUCGAAGGAAAGAAAGUUGAAGGAGUCGUCUCCUUCUCGUCAAAGGAUGAGAAAUCUACCGCAAGCUCAAGGAAGGAGGAGUCGUCAAAAUCGAAAGAAAAAGAGGAAAGAGUCGUCGCCUGUCCGAGAGCGUAGGCGGAACAGUAGAUCACCGUCUAGAUCCAGAAGCCCUGCUGAGAAAUUGGAGAAAGAUGCUGAAGAGAGAGGAGAACGUUCAAAAAGCACGCGCGAGCGUGGUUCCACGUCUCCUGCAGAAAGGCGAUCUCGCUCUAAGGAGCGAAAGACUUCACGAAAGAAGGUCGAACCGGAACCGGAGUCGAAGAGUGUCGAUCGAUCGUCUUCCAGGGAAGCUUCAAAGCAGAAGGAACCUACUGGCCGCAGAGAUUCUUCUAAUUCUGGCUCUGCUCAAGAGGAAAUAAAAUCAUCUGAGGACAAAAAAGACAAGAAGAAGAAGCACUCUAAACGCAAAAGGUCAAAAUCUGAUUCGAAGAAAAAGAGAAAUCGUUCCUCAUCAAGAUCGUCAUCGGAUGACGAGGAUGAUGAAAGAUCUCGUUCCAAAAAGAAAUCAAAAAAAUCGAAGAAGAAGAAAAAGAAGAGCUCAAAGCGGUCAGAAAAGCACAAAAAGAAGCAAAAAGAGUCGGAGGCCAGUGAGUCUGAUCACGCAUCCCCAGAAAGACCUCCUGAAAGUGAUGUGGAGGAAAAGAGAAGCAGAAAGGACUCGGAUUCGGAAGAGGAAAAGAGAAGCAGAAAGGACUCAGAUUCAGGGGAGGAAGAGGAUUCACGAGCGAAGUCGCCGCCAGAGAAGGAGCGUCGGGUAGCGUCAGAGAAGUUGCGUGAAAAGGCACCGGUAGAGAAGGAAUCACCCAAAAAGGGACGCCGUGAUGAAUCUUCUGAGAGGAAGGCUAGCCGAGAUUCUGGCAGAGAGAAGCCCAAACCAAAGGAAAGCUCUGAAGAGGACUCUUCUUCUGAUGAAAGAGUUCACGAAAGAAGGAGGAGAGACGAGUAUUCCCCACAACGAAGCAGUCGCAGAAGUCCUGGAGGUGCAAGCAGACGUCGGAGUGGAGAAGAGAGGUCAUACGACAGAUCUCGUAGAGACCGUAGCAGGUCGCCUGUGCAGAGACGAGAACGAAGUCGAAGCCCUGCUCGUAGACCGCUACGACCUCCUAACUAUCGCUUUCGUCGAGAGACUUACCUAGAUAAUCGCUGGCGUCAAGAAGAGAUGAGGCGUUGGGAGUAUCGUCGCCGAAGAGAUGAUUCGCGUGAACGCAAGCGUCGCGAUGAUUCACGCGAUCGCAGACGACGAGAUGACUCUCGCGAUCGUAAGCGACGAGAUGACUCUCGCGAUCGUAAGCGACGUGACGAUUCCCGCGAUCGUCGGCGCAAACGUAGUAAUUCGAGAAGUAGAGUAGAACCAGAAAGUCCGAAGAUGUGGCCGAAAAAGGUGAAGAAGGAAGUGAGUUCGUCAGCCAGCUCCGAUGCGGACGGAACUACAAGUUCUCCCGAAAGAAAGCGUGCUGAUGGGGAUUCACCAACACCCAGAAAAAGGCCUGAAGACGACACGAAAAGAGGAAGAGAGAGAUCCAAGUCAGGGUCAGCUUCACCCAGAGAAAGGGACAGGCAAGUCGUUUUUAUCGUUUGUUUGUGUCCUUACUGGUACCUUAAGUACACUAGAUGA